AUGCCACAGGCAACCCCGCAAAAUUCACCAGCGUUGGCGGUUGAACUCGAGGGCGAUGCUCUCUGGUACCAACCUGGAGAUGUCAUCAUCGGCCGUGUUGUUCGGAGAUGCUCUACGAAGUGUCAAAGGGCCAUUCUGACAGUCUCACUGCAUGGUACAGCAAAAUCAAAGUUCGCUAACAGCGAAACCCAACAUCGGGGCCGGUAUACGCUCAUCGUUGGCUCUCGAAAUAAGCAGCAGCUUUGGAACGGAUCGGUUCACAUCCCUGAAAGAGGGGAUCAAAGCUGGCCAUUUACUUUCACCUUACCCACCCAUGCAGACAGUCGCUGUCUUCCCGUGAGCGUAAAAGAAAAUGAGAAGAACAGUUUCGUUCCUUUCAACAACGACGUACCGCUACCCGCCUCCUUUUCAGGAACAUCUACAGGCGAGUCGAAGGAGGGGCUUAUUGAUUAUUACAUCCAAGCCGAGAUGCAGAUGCAUGCUCACGGGACCGCCACCGCCGUAACGCCAGUCAGAAUCGAGCGUUACAAUCCAGGUCCGCCCAUUCAGAUACGGAUGAAUCUACUCAACACAUUGCAUACAGUCCAAGGAGACAGCCUUGUACCUGGCUAUAGCCGAGACCAGCUCACUACCUCACAAAAGUUCAAAAACAUGUUUAGCAGCGUACCACCGCCCAAGUUAGCUUUUACUUUGCAAACAUGGUUUCCGAUCACCUUGCAAAUGGACCAAUCUAACCAUGUGCCGAUCAAACUUCGCGUGGUUCCCAAGUGGGACAAAACGAGCGAGGUUCUUCGGGACGUGCUGCAAACGUGUAGGCUUCGGACACUAGAUAUCGAGAUCCAAACGCUGGUGACAAUUCGGUGCGAAGGCCAUUUACACCCUUUCGAUACAGAAUGGAAGUGGUGCCCCAAGGUAGAGGGAAGCAGACAAUUUGGCCCGAGGGAUACACCAGUUGAAAUACCUUUUGGACAUGAUUCGGAGCCCUUGGAUGUUGGAGAGGUGCUCAAUCUUCAAAUGAAGACUACCAAAGAUAGAAGGGAAAUAAUGCCCUUUAACAUUCAGCAGCUACAUCCAGAGUUUACGACUUACAACAUACGAACCAAGAACAGACUAAAAGGUACCGUGGAGGUUAAAAUCGCCGAUAAAGUUAUUACCGCAGAAAUAGACCGGGAGAUCAAGGUCUUUCCGCCGGCUGAUGAUACCGGAGCCCCUCGCAGCCCAGCCAUUGAUAAUAUAGGUGCGACUUCAUCGACCUGGAACCAACCUCCGCCGCCAUAUGAGGAGUCACAAAAUUUCGAGGAGUUGCAAGGAGUUAAUUAA